AAAACCCCACUUCAUCCGGCAUUCUACGCCCUAAAACCCUAAUCAAGAAUUCCCGUCGUUACUCGUCAGCGCCACCCCCUAACCCACCACCCACCCCAUCCCCGUCUCAGCCUCGCGCGCCGCCACAAUGCAGGCCGCCGCCGCCGUCCGCCACCCGCGCCUAUUCUCGCCGUCCCCGGGCCGCGCCGCGCUGCACCGGCGCGCACCCAGCACCGUGCGCAUGGCGCUGCGCGAGGACGGGCCCUCGGUGGCCAUCGUGGGCGCCACGGGCGCGGUGGGCCAGGAGUUCCUCCGCGUCAUCACGGACCGGGACUUCCCCUACCGCAGCCUCCGCCUCCUCGCCAGCGAGCGGUCCGCGGGGAAGCGCCUCGCCUUUGAGGACCGCGAGUACACCGUCCAGGACCUCGCGGCCCCGGGGGCGUUCGACGGCGUCGACAUCGCGCUGUUCAGCGCCGGCGGGAGCGUCAGCCGGAAGUACGGGCCCGCGGCAGUCGCCAGCGGCGCCGUCGUCGUCGACAACAGCUCCGCGUUCCGGAUGGAUCCCGAGGUGCCGCUCGUCAUCCCCGAGGUCAACCCUGAGGCCAUGGGGAACGUCCGGCUCGGGCAGGGGGCGAUUGUGGCAAAUCCGAAUUGCUCAACCAUCAUCUGCCUCAUGGCUGCCACGCCGCUCCAUCGCCACGCCAAGGUGGUAAGGAUGGUUGUCAGCACAUACCAAGCAGCAAGUGGUGCUGGUGCUGCGGCAAUGGAAGAACUCAAGCUGCAGACUCAGGAGGUCUUGGAAGGGAAGGCACCAACAUGCAAUAUUUUCAAACAGCAGUAUGCUUUUAAUAUAUUUUCACACAAUGCACCGGUUCUUGAGAAUGGGUAUAAUGAGGAAGAAAUGAAAAUGGUGAAGGAGACAAGAAAAAUUUGGAACGACAAGGAUGUGAAAGUAACUGCGACUUGCAUACGGGUUCCUGUGAUGCGUGCGCAUGCUGAAAGUGUCAAUCUACAGUUUGAAAAGCCACUUGAUGAGGAUACUGCAAGAGAAAUUUUGAGGGGAGCUCCUGGUGUUACCAUUAUUGAUGACCGUGCUUCCAAUCGCUUCCCUACGCCUCUGGAGGUAUCAGAUAAAGAUGAUGUAGCAGUGGGUAGAAUUCGUCAGGACUUGUCCCUGGAUGAUAACCGAGGGUUGGACAUAUUUGUCUGUGGUGAUCAGAUACGUAAAGGUGCCGCACUCAAUGCUGUUCAGAUUGCUGAAAUGCUCCUGAAGUGAUUAUCCUCUUGUCUUCCUCUCCCCGUCCCUAGUUGCUCUGAUCAAUGCUGGACAGUACUCUGAUUAGUUUGUGCUCAAUUUUGGUCGCGUGUUCUGUAUUCUGCCGUGCUAGUGCAAUAAUUGUGAGAUGGGCUUGAGUUAUCUGCUGUACACAAAAGUGGGCUCGUAAGUUUGGGGAAUAAUGCGCCAUCCUUAUUCAGCACUCUGGUUUAUAUCUUGUUCCGAUUCGUCUAACACGCUUAUAAAAAAAAA